AUGGUACUGCAGGAUGUGAGGUAUGUGCCUGAACUAAAGAGAAAUUUAAUUUCAAUAAGUUCCUUUGAUCUUGGAGGUUACACCAUGAAAGUCGAGGAUGGAGUGAUGAGGGUGUAUUCUGGAGAUUCUGAGGUUGUCAAAGGCAGGAGGAAGAAUGGCUUGUACAUUCUAGAGGGAUCCACAGUUAUUGGUCAUGUCUCGGUAGCAAGUGGGAAGACUGAGAACACCGCUCGACUUUGGCACUUGAGGAUGGGUCAUAUCAGUGAAAAGGGUCUUGAAGAAUUGGAGAAGCAGGGCUUACUUCUGGGUGAUAAAUUGCAGAAGCUGGAUUUCUGUGACCAUUCGUCUUGGGAAAAUCACACAGGAUACCAUUCGGUUAAGGGAAGCACUUAA